GAAUGUACUCCCCGGCGCGCUUGUUGAUUUAUGCUUCCCCCGUUCCCCAACAGCCAACGACUUCACUCCGCCGCGUCAGCCGUCGGUCACAUCACCGCUUCGCUACGCGAGGCUGCUCCACGACCGCCUCCGCCGCCAUGGAUCCCCGACUUCAGCCGCAGCCCGACGUCGAUCGCCUCUGGGCGGAUGAAAUCCGCUACCUCCACUCCCUUUGGCGGCGCGGCCCCCCUCCCAAUCGCAACCGAAACCCUAGAGUUAGUUCCGGCCCCGACCUCCUCCGUGCCACCCCGGUCGCAUUCAAAAGGGACUCGCAGCGGAAGGAGGGGAUACCGUCGGAGAAGGCCGCUUCCCCUCGCCGCCCCGACGAGGCCGGGACCUCCGAUCCGCCGCUCGUCGACUCCUGGGCGAAAUUGGCCUCCCUCACCGCGCCGAAUCCAAAUCCGCCCACCGCGUGGGCCGAUGUGGCGCCCCCGCCGGUCGUCGAGAGGCCUCCCGUUUCCGCCGAGGAGCAGGCCCGACUAGCCGCGGCUCAACUCCAUCACGACGGAUUGAAGGCCUCCCAGGACUUCUUCUCCAAAAUUGACGAAUCCGAUGAUGAAGAGGAAGCGCAUGAGGAGGAGGAGGAAGACGAUAAGGAGGAGAAGGAUGAAAGACAAUCGGAAGCUUUCAAGUUCUUUAUGGAACUAUUUGAGAAGGAUGAUGAGCUUACGGAGUACUAUAAGAAGAAUCAUGACAAAGGGGAGUUCUCUUGCUUUGCCUGUGCAGCCACUGGGACGAAGAGGGUGAGGAAGUUCGGGAACUGUUUGGGGCUCGUGCAGCACGCAAACUCAAUAUCAAGACGAGGAGGAGGGGAGCACAUCGGGCACUGGCGAGAGCUGUGUGCCAGGUUCUUUGUUGGGACACCAUUAGGUCUGCCGGCGUUGUUCUUGAUUUGGGUGACACUGGUGGCCAGUCCUCUGCCGGGGCUGCCAAAACCCAGAACAAAGAUGUGAUCGAGAAUGAGGAACACCUUCCUGAGGACAUCACACAAAAUACAAAAGCAAAUGAUGGAAAUGUCACAGAGAAUCUACCCGAGGUAUAGGUCUUCCUUCAGUUCGACCCCGAUUUAUUACGAUCAACAGAGAUGGCUUCGCCCCCAUUACAGGAAUGAAAGUGUCAUCCGAAGAAAGUUCCUGGAUCUGGGAAGAUUUAUCAAGAAGUUUUACGACUGAAAGCUACUUGGUUUUAGAGCAUUUCCGUCGACUGCAGAGAGUAAAGUCAGUGGUCUUAUAUACUGUGUAGUCUUGGCCAGAGAUUGUUGAGAUCGCUUGAGCAGAUUUCUAACUAUAUUUUUUGUCAUGUCUGUGUUACAUAUCUUAACAUGAUAUCUACUAUCUAUUAUUGUUGUUGCCGUCGUCCUAACAUCAGGUCUCAACUUUGGAACUCAAGCAGCUUUCUUCUGUUAAGCGUUUAAUUUCAAUUUCAACGGGGAAUCAUGGAAUUGCAACAGUUUGAUGGUGAGCGAAUUCUUUACUUGCUGUUAUGCCAUUCUUGAGUAGGUAUUUUGAUAGUAAAGGGUUGUUUAGCUAAUCGUUGUAGUAUUGCUAUAGCAUUCCAUAUUCGCUCAAGUAAUGACCAUAUCCUGUGAACGCAGAAUAAGAGUUCCUUUUUUGUAUGGUAAGUGCAUUCCACGCUACUACCAGUGGUUGGUUUUGUGGAUUUACUUGGGAUUGCAUCUCAAAGCUAAAUCCUAUUCGUAUCUUUUAAGCAAUUGCUACAAUUUACUGCAGGUGAGCUAUGACUAAACUAGCAAUUGCUUCAAUUUUCAGGUAACUGGCAGAUGGAGUUCAGUAUGCUAUGAGUAAACUAGUAUUCCAUGUAACAGUAACUGAGCAAUUUAGUAUGCUAUGACUACUCUCUGUAACUCUUCAAGCUUUCAAAGAACAAAGAUUUCUUGUACUAAAUGUUCUCAUAUGCAUUGCCAAAUGACAAUGAUAAUGGAUCCAGGUUUUUCCCAUA